UGCGCGCGUACGAGAUGUCCUCGCGGCUCGACGCCGUGCGCUGAGCGAGCGAUUACUCGGGCCACGCGGUGCCUCUUCAGAGCCAGUUUCUUCUAAGCUGUGCAACGAGUGCGUGACUUGCGCUUCCAUUGUUGUGCGCUGGUGACGAGAAGUGAGACUGUCCUAGUGUCACUGCUGUCGUGUCUCGGGCAAACGAUUUUGGAUUUGAGAAAAGGACGAAACGUUUGUUAACAGUGCAGGUUGGAACCGGAAUUCGCUUGAAAUCAUGCCGGAGACACCCAAUAAGUAAAUCGUACCGGACCGUGGGUAGUGGCGGUUCCUCACCUGAAGCGGCUGUUCUGGGACAUCGUUUGGUCGGAAGACGUUGCAGACCACGAUGCUUCUGGGCACUGUGGCCACGAGUCGGUCCGGAUGAAUACGUGUUGGAGGAGUGAAAAGAAACAGCAGCGGCCAGACGGAGCCUGGUUCCCUCCGAUGCCAUGACAUGACCGGAGCGCUCUGUAGGACGCGCACAAGUUCCGUUCAUGGGGCAUUCUUCGUUGCCUGUCUACAAGGAAUGAUGACGGCGCUGGUGUGUGCUGUGAAGUUAGUGAAUGUGGAUAUCCCUUCACCAACCACUCUCGGGGAGACGGUGGGUUUGAGCUGCAUCUACGAGCUCAACGGGGAUAAACUCUACUCUGUCAAGUGGUACAAGAAUGACGUCGAGUUCUAUCGUUUUGUUCCGAAUGACUGGCCACCGGGACAGUUCCUUCCCUUGCCAGGUGUUGACGUCGAUCUGGCACGGUCUGGAAGGACGUCGGUGUACUUGCGAAACGUGAACCUCCACAGUGCAGGUACCUAUCGCUGCGAGGUAUCGGCUGAGGCGCCAUCUUUUGACACUGUCGGCGGGCAGAAGGAUAUGACUGUCUUAGUUCUCCCCACGGAAGGACCUACUAUCACCGGCGGUCUCCCUCGCUACCGUGUGGGUGACACGGUUUCCGUCAACUGCACGUCGGCCAAGUCAAAACCCGCGGCAACGUUGCGCUGGUUCAUCAACGACGCCCCCGUGGCCGAAUCUAGUCAUGAGACCGAGUACUCGGCGACACUACACGGAGACGGACUGGAGACGGCUUCCCUCUGCCUGCGCUUCAUCGUCACGGAGGAGCACUUCAGGGAUGGAAAUAUGAGGCUCAAAUGCACGGCCACCAUAUCUAGAGUGUAUACCAUGAGCAACGAGGAGCUUGUCUUUGGCGGAGCGGGAGGAAGCCAUCUCAAAUCCGGUCUACAUGCUAGUGAGAAUACCAGCAGAGCACGUGGUGGAGCCAACAACAGUGAACUUGGCCUUGCAGCUCCGCUCCUGGUCCUCUUCUUUGCAGUGCUAUCUCUAAUGUGACAGCUUUUGUGACUGAGUGUGACGUCACGUGAAAAAAAAAUCUGCUGUAGUGGCUCCGUGAAAAGAGAAGAACGAUACCGACUGUGAUGCAAGAUGAAACGAACAAUGCCUCUUCGGCACCCCUUCCCUCAUUCGCAUGUUGAACAAUUGUCCCGGUUUGGAAUUCCACUACAGUUCAAAUUUCUUUACCUGACCUGUCCAGCGCAGACUGUGCUCAUCGCAUGGCGAUACUGGGCUUACGGUUAACCAUUGGAUAUGAUGCUGGGGAGCCGUGAUGGGAAUGUGUAGCAGCGUUUUUUUUUUCCUUUUUUUUUCUUUAAACCUGACCGACAACCAAAGAGCGGAAAUGAAUCGUUUUUGUAGGUGUACGACAGAAGGCGCCGAUCAGACGCGUGUACCUGUAUAGUGAUGUAAAUAUCACACAGGUUGUAAUUAUAGCUGUUGAGGAUGACUUGGUAGUGCUUUCCGACUCGUUUACGUUGUGUUAAACCGCCAAAUUGUCAGCGCAGCACUCAUAGCGACCCUUGCGUUGACCGGUGGAAACGCUGCGAUAUUCGUCAUGGCGUAAGUUUAAGAUAAAGCUACUUUCGAAGCCGCAUGACAGGCACACUUCGGAACUGUGUGACGUGGGGACCGUAAAGGGGCUGUAAAGUGAAAUAGGCUAUACAACAGACAAUAUCUUUAUGUACAGGCAGAAUUGGCCUUUGUGAUGAUACACACAAAAGUCAAGCGUGUCAGUUCUCCAUAUUUUUCGUAAUAAUGUACUUUCAAAAUCGAUAGUUGCAGCGCUCAGAGAUGUCCACUAAGAGCAGCAGAGAGAGACCGCUCCGGAUUGGUGGACAGGUACCACGUGAUUGUGAAGUACUACAUGACACAGACUAGUUACUGUUAAAGCUGUUUUGAACAAUGACGAGUGCUCAUGAGUAGUUUGAUUUAAUCCGUCGUAACACUGCAGGAAUAUCCCCGCCGGCUGUUUGCCGUUCUUUUGUGGCCUCUGCUCCCGACAGCCAUCAGUCGUUGCUUGUAUGCGGCGUGGCAUGUAUAACGAAGGAGUGUAACUCACUUUCGUGCCGCUGCUGUAUGCAGAAACUCCACUUCCAGACGAUUCGCACGGAUGCUUCGUCCAUGUUGCAAUGUUCCAGGAUGCACCAACCGUGCAUCUUCGACCAUGGACACCUUGUAUUACCUAUUCCAAGGGUACAAUACGCGUAAAGGAAAGCACUUUCACUUAUGUGAGCUGGGCUUAAGCUUAAAUGAGCUGUUUAACUUUGUUGCGUGCGGUCUCAGUAGGUGGCGCCACGAUGGGUGUGAGCGUUGCUAGGUGAAGGGCUUCACAACUCUUGCUUGGCGAAACAAUCUUGCUUGCUGCAAACCCGAUUGCUAAAACAGUGCUCAACGAACAACAGAGCUAUUACGUAUCUGUAGCUCCCAAGACACAAGCUUUCAGAAAAAACAUAUCGUUUCUAUAGGUUUGCCUCCUUCACUAUACAGUCCCUUUAUCCCACUCUUGUUCGGUUUGCCCCCGUGGGUACAUGUGGCAUUUCGGCACUUGGCGAUUCGGAUAUGGCACCGAAACCAAAUGGCGACUAUCACCCUCUAGUUACGUAAAUCACUAUACAAUGAAGGGACGGUUAUCUAAUCACCAUACACGGAGCAAGAGCCUGUUUUCGAUUCGCGUUUAGGAACCCAUAUCUUUUUAAUCAAAACCGAAACAAAGCAUCAGUCUCGAGUACAAUCAACAACUCCAAAAUUUGUAAACUCGUUUGAAAUUGAAGAGCUUCUAUCCGACAACGCACUGCACGACAACGGUUUAGUGGGAAACACCCGAAGAAGUAAAGUAUGGGCACAUAGAAGGAUAUCAGGAAAACAUGUGAAAGUGAAUAUCAAGAGUAUAAUAAAAACGUUUGCUGGUGUUUGCUUC